AUGGAGAAUAGCGACUCAGCAUCUGGCUACUCUGCGGGGCAAACCCUCGAUAGCACUACCGAUAACACGAGCGCACUCAGCAACGACGCCCCUCAGACCUCUUUGUUUGACCCCGAAGCUCAGUCGGAGCAAGGAGGCUCAUACAUGCUGGGUCAAUGGAAAAAUGAAGACUCAUCGCUGGCCCCGUGGUCAUCAGCCAACAAGAGAUAUUCUUCGGAAACUUAG